GGUGAGUCUCAGACUGAACAGAACCUGGAAAUCCUUCGUGAGGAUUUGGGUUCAUGGUUCCUCUUUCUCCUGCAGACGUUGGCGACCCGUGUCAGCAGAGGCUUUGUGGAUGCGACCGAGCCGCCAUCGACUGCUUGACGCGGAGCCGCUGCAACCCGAGUCUGAGGGGCCUGACGGAGGCCGCCUGCUCCGCUGGAAAUGCUACAGAUUGGCUCGGCGGCGCCGUGGCGGAGGCUGACGUCGUCGUCAAUGGAACAGAUGUUCUCACAGCAGCAGAGCAGCUGUCCAACGCCGCCCCGCCGCCCGCAGAACUGGACCGGGCGAUGAUCGGUGCUGUGGAAACCCAAACUGAUCCGGCUGGGCUGGACGGGGAAUUCAUCACCGGACCACCAGAACCAACCGUCCUCCGGACCGGUCCUGAUCAGUGGGAGGAGCAGGCAGCAGAGCUGAAACACCAGAGUUUGAUCUCUAAUGGCCUGGGAGAGGCGGCAGCAGAAGAAGAAGAAGUGGAGUGGGAGGACCAAGCUGAAGAUCAGAUGACCCAGAGUCCUGCACAAAUCAGCCCAACGAGCCCCAGGAGCCCAACGACCCCCAGGAGCCCCGGUGAGCCAGAGAAACAUGGAAACCAGUCUGUUUUUAAUGCAGAUAUUAUGUUUCCUGAUUCCAACAAGGAGCAGAGGUUCAUGUUGCUUUUUUAUAAUUCACAUGUCACAUUUUUGUAGCUUUUAUGUUAGGAUGUAUUUGUUACAGAUGAAAUGUUCAUUAAAGUGUUUCUAGAUCCUCCUGACUGAGUCAGGAAUGUAAAAUGGUGAAACUGCACCAGAAUCUGAUCCGUUUCGUUUUUAGUUUUAAUAAAAAGCUGAAAGCAGCAGCUCAGGAUUCUUCCUCCUGUCCUCCUGCAGAACGGGGGUGGAAGUUUAGAUUUUCUGAGUUUAUUGAGGAGGAAAAGUUUCUUCUUUCCUCACCAGGUGGGAGGUGCCAACGAUUUAUCUCAGGUUUUUAGGAGUGUGAUUUCAUCAACAGCCUCCGUUUCCUCACCAUGUUUAGGAGGCUGGAGAAAUCCACAACAAUUGUCUUUGUUUUGUUGGUGUUGAGAACCGGAUCGUCACCUGGUUUGAUGUCAGACUGAUGAGCAGUGAUUGGUCUGAAGUGUGAGAGGGGCGGGGUUAAGCUCACAGCUCAGGAUGACGAAUCGCUUCCCAUCGUUGGAUUUUACAGCUGAAACCUUCU